AUAGUAAUUUCCGAUGAAGAACGAAGUUGUUGUUUUGGAGCACUCGAUUAUUACAAUAUGAAAAAUUGAAAAAAUAACAAUCGUGAAAAUCUUAUUUUGUUGAACUUGUUUCAUCUAUGAAAUAUAAGCUAUAUCUAUUAUUAUUUAGAAUUAUGUUUUUCUCUUUGUCUAAUUAAAAAAAACAUUGCAAAUAUUAUAUUUUAAAACAAUGAUUUAUACUUAAAAAAUUGUGAUUAGUAUUUAAUAAGAGAAAAAGAUUACUUUCUGACAUAUUGUUCAUGUUAAAAUUACUCCAAAAUUAUAAAAAAUCAUUGUAUUUUACUGUUAACAAGAAUAAUAUUUUAAAAUAUGGAUUACAUAGAUUGGAAUCUUAUUUCAACAAUAGGAUGUUUUUGCUCUAAAAAAAUUAUAACGAUAAAUGGAAAGAAAUAUCGUAUUGUAGAUGAUCUUGGAGAAGGGGGUUUUAGUACUGUCCAUUUAGUAGAAAAUACAUUUACAAAAAAGAAAUAUGCUAUAAAAAAAAUUAUGUGUCACAGUUUAGAAGAUCAACAGAUAGCCACCAAGGAAGUUGAAUACCAUUCAAUUUUAAAACAUCCGAAUAUAAUUGAAUGUAUAGAUUAUGCUGAAAAAAGUAGUCCUGAUUCUCCAAUGAAUUACACAAGUGAAGUUUAUCUUGUCUUACCUUAUUACCAUAGAGGAACUUUGGCACAUGAAUUAGAGCUUAGAUCAAAAGUAAAUGAUCCUUUCAGUCCACUAGAUGUAUUAAAUAUGUUUCAAUAUAUAUGUGAAGGAGUUAAAGCAUUCCACGAUAUGAAACCUGAACCACUUGCUCAUAGAGAUUUAAAAACUGCAAAUAUCUUAUUAGAUAACGGAUAUGUACCUAUAAUAAUGGAUCUAGGAUCAGUUGCACCUGCUCGAGUAAAAAUAUGUGGAGCACAAGAAGCUCAAACACUAGAAGAUUUUGCAGCAGAAAGGUGUUCAAUGCCUUAUAGAGCACCAGAAUUAUUUAAUGUUGAAAAUUAUUGUAUGAUAGAUGAACGCACCGAUAUUUGGUCAUUAGGAUGUAUAUUGUAUGCCUUAUGUUACUAUAAAUGUCCUUUCGAUGAUGUAUAUGAACGUGGUGAUAGCAUAGCUUUAGCUGUAAUUAAUGCAAACAUCAAUUUUCCCGAAGAUGAGCGUUAUAAUGAGGAUAUCAAAAACUUAAUUUUAUCAAUGCUGAAAACCAAUCCUAUGGAACGGCCUUAUAUCUAUAGUGUAAUUGAACAUACACAUGAUGUAAUUAAAAAAUUACAGAACACAGUGUAAACACAGAGACGAAUACGAUAAAUAAUAUUUUAAACUUUUUGUGGAGAGUGUAAAAUAUUGUAAGAUAUUUCGUAUAAGUAAUAUAUUAUAUAAAAGUUUUUAUUAAUAA